UUCAGUAUCAACUCACCCACAUCUUUCUCUCUUAUUCUCUUACUCCUUUUUUUAUAUUCCUCUCUCUAUCAAUAAAAUAUAUAAAAUUCGAUCGUAUAAAAUAACUUAAAUAAAAAGAUAAGAAAAUGGAGAAAAGAGGAGGAGGGAGUAGUGGAGGUUCGGGAUCAUCAGCAGAAGCAGAAGUGAGAAAAGGACCAUGGACGAUGGAAGAAGAUCUUAUUCUUAUCAACUAUAUCGCCAACCACGGCGAUGGUGUUUGGAAUUCUCUCGCCAAAUCUGCAGGUCUAAAACGCACCGGAAAAAGUUGCCGGCUCCGGUGGCUGAACUAUCUCCGCCCCGACGUACGACGGGGAAACAUCACGCCAGAGGAGCAACUUAUCAUCAUGGAACUUCAUGCUAAGUGGGGAAACAGGUGGUCAAAAAUUGCUAAACAUCUUCCAGGAAGAACCGACAACGAGAUCAAAAAUUUCUGGAGGACAAGAAUUCAAAAAUACAUCAAGCAAGCGGAUGUAACAACAACAUCGUCCGUUGGAUCUCAUCAUAGCUCAGAGAUCAACGAUCAAGCUGCAAGCACGUCGAGCCAUAAUGUCUUUUGUACACAAGAUCAAGCGAUGGAGACUUAUUCUCCUACACCAACGUCGUAUCAACAUACCAAUAUGGAAUUCAACUACGGUAACUAUUCAGCCGCGGCAGCAACGGCAACCGUGGAUUAUCCAAUACCGAUGACCGUUGAUGAUCAAACCGGUGAAAACUAUUGGGGCAUGGAUGAUAUUUGGUCAUCAAUGCAUUUACUGAAUGGUAAUUGAUCGAUCGGUCGACAAAACAUGGAAGAUUAAUUGAGUAUUAUAUAUGAUUUUUAGGAGUACUAUUACUAGUACGUGACAUGUAUAUGUUUUUGCCUCGUUGUAGAGGUUUGGGGAUAUAAUUAAUAUAUAAUGUUACUUAUC